AUACUGUUUGUUGUAGUUUCUAUCGUUUGGUGGUUGAUACUAGUCUGUCGUUUGAUUCCAGUGGAUUCAUAUCAACUGAUGGCACUAGUGCUGUGUUUAGAUCCCUCCCUCCCUCUCCUCUCUUUACUCUCAAUAUGGACGUACCUCACUCCUGGAUGGUUGAGGCUAUUUAUUCACCUUAUGAUUUGGACAAUAUUCAUCUAGCAUCAGUUGAGGACCGAGUAGAGGCUGAGUUUGUCCUGGAAUAUAUACUAGUGGAAGGACAGUGUUUUGAUGCUCAUAUGGAUUCUCCUAUACCUGGUCUACAGUAUGUGAUGGGUACUGAUACUGAUCCUGAACUAUAUGAUACAAUAGUAAUGGCUAAUCUUGGUUAUUUCCAGCUAAAGGGUAAGCCAGGAGCAUGGAACUGGUCAUUCUCAGGAUUCUGGUGUACUGGUUGA